GUUUGAAGUCAACAAUUCCCCAAACAAUCAACAUAAUAAUCAGUGUAUCAUUGGUUGUCAUUUUGACGUUUCGCGCCAUUCACGAUCGCCCCAUUUCAUCGAAAUUCUCGUGAACCAAUGGAGCCCGCGACCCGCGGCUCCACCGCGUCGGAAAAGGUCAUCAAAGUCGACGACAUCGAAGCUGCAGCGAUCGACGAACCGAGGAGAUCGUCGAAACCCCCGAAGCUGGAAACGAAGCUGUUCGAAAGCAAGAAUAUAGAGCUGGUGGAAGACGUUUUCGGUUCUUACGUGGACGAUCGAGGCGCCUGCCACAAGAUCAAACGCUACACGUGGACGAAUCACAACAAAAUAUCGGUGCAAGUCGUCAACUACGGAGCUAGGAUCGUCUCUAUGAAGCUGCCGGAUCGCCACGGCAAACUGGAAGAUAUCGUGUUGGGUUGCGAGGAUCUAGCCGGGUACAUUUACUAUGGUAAGCACUACCUGGGCGCUACAAUUGGCAGAGUGACUGAUACAAUCAAGAACGCGACGUUUAAACUUGAUGGUAAGCAAUAUUGGCUUACGCAGAACAAGGACCAUCAUCACUACAACGGCGGAUGCGAUGCUAUUGAUAAACAAGUCUGGACGACAUACACUGAAGGAAAAAAGGUUGUGAUGUCGUACAUAAGCCCUCAUAAUGACAACGGAUAUCCAGGUGAUCUUUUAAUAAGGGUCACAUUCGAGCUAUCCAACAAGAACGAGUUCGAUAUCAACUACGAAGCUCAUUCGACAGCUCCGACAUUAGUAAACAUAUCCAAUCUAACACACUUUAACCUAGCCGGUCACCAUGCAGGUCCGGAUGAGUUAUAUCGACACAUGCUAACGAUGAAUUGCAACUGCUUCACCCCCAAAAUCAAAGAUUUACCUACAGGCGAAAUUCUGAACGUACUAUACACAGAUUACGACUUUCAAGUACCCAAAAUCCUCGGCAAAGUGAUGGGGAUAGUGCCCAAAGACGGCUUCGAUCAAAAUUUGUGCGUUAACCGAGGAGUAAACCAAGAUGUUGGUUUUGUAGGCAGACUGCUGCACCCUCCAAGCGGGAGGAUGGUGGAAAUCUACAGCAACCAACCGGGAGUCAACUUAAACACGGCAAACUCCUUCGGAUAUGGUGAUAGGAUGUCGCUAGCUCAAAUAUUACCACCUCCAGUGCAAAAUAAACCUCCGCAGAACGAGCUAGAGGAGAAACUGUUGCUCUUCAAGAAAGUGCACGAAGAGAUGUUCGACGUUUUGAAGAUUGAUCGCGAGAAAUCAUUCAGAGAAUUAUUGGAUCUCAUUGUGAAAGUCAAGCUGCAAGAAAACAUCAAGGACGUCCCAUCCGACGUUAGUCUCAGUGAAUUUGUUGUGACGCCUCUGCAGAAAAAAUAUUUGUCCAGUAUACUGGCGUUCGUGUGUCAAGAGAGUAACAAGGAGUGCAAGGAGAUUCAGGGGAUUGUCGAGAAGCUUUUGAGCGUGGUUAUAGUGAAGGAGGAAACCGAUAGUUUAAAGAGCCAGCUCGAACUGACCGAGAGCGAGAUUCUGGAAGAGUUGAGGGCCAAAAACGAGAAAAUGAAGAAACAAGAAGAUUACCUCAGCCAAGUCAGGAACAACGUGAGAAAACGAGUCAACUACAUACCCCCUUACUACAAAAACUCCAAAAGCAUCAUAGGCAAGAACGGAGCCAGAUACAGGAUGCACAGCGGCAUCUCCCUCCAAACUCAAAACUACCCGAACGCCGUAAACGUCACCAAUUACCCGAGUUGUGUUGUCAAGCCAGGCGAAAUUUAUAACCAUAAAAUUACUUACAAAUUCUGGAUAAGGGCUGGUAACCCCGCUAAAUGGAUCAAGCGAAAUAAUCUUACAAACAGUCACUAGCGUUUAUUUUGUGCUGUGAGUUAGUGUCGAACAUCUUUCACCAUGUCUCGUUUUGUGGUCAAUAAAGAAUUAAAUUCGAUGUGUUUUAUUAUUCCAAUAAACGUUUUCGAUAGUCGACUGCUAGGGCUGCCACAAAAAAGGUUGUCAUGUCGUAUAUAGUGACAAUGGAUAUCAAUGUGAUCUUUUAAUAAGGGUUACAUUCGAUCUAUCCAACAAGAACGAGUUCGAUAUCAACUACAAAGCUC